UGCCUGUGACAGGUCACCGGAUUGCUAAGCAUCCCUCCGGAAAGCCUCACAGCCGGAGCCGCUGCUUCAGUCCUCGCAGCCCGUGAACCCAGCGCCCUCCCUCCGGGCUUCUCCGGCUCGCCCGCCCCCCUUCUCCGCCCGGUGCCGCGCGCCCUGUGAUUGGUGCGCUCGCGGCCCGCAGCCUGGCCUUUUAGGGACUGUUGUCAGGCCUUGGCAGAGGUGAGGGAAAGGGUCCAGCGCCGCUUUUACCAGCCAAUCGCUUUCCCGGCGGGGAAGCCCGGGAUGCCGCCUGCUGCCUGGCCUCGGAGGGAGGGCGGGGGCAGAGGCCUGGCUGGCCGCCCUGGACCGCGGGAUCCGUCCAGAGACUUCCCCAGCAGGGGUGUGUUAGGGGAGCCCUCUUUCCGACGUCGAAAUGGUUAUCAAAGUGUUCGUUGCCACAUCGUCUGGGUCCAUAGCGAUUAGGAAAAAGCAGCAAGAAGUGGUCGGCUUUCUGGAGGCCAAUAAAAUAGACUUUAAGGAGCUGGACAUAGCUGGGGAUGAGGACAACCGGAAGUGGAUGCGGGAGAACGUCCCCGGGGAGAAGAAGCCUCAGAACGGGAUUCCCCUGCCUCCUCAGAUCUUCAACGAGGAGCAGUACUGCGGGGAUUUUGACUCUUUCUUCUCUGCAAAAGAAGAAAAUAUUAUUUAUUCAUUCCUUGGUUUGGCUCCCCCUCCUGGGUCAAAGGUGAUGAAGUCUGAGGAAGCGUCUUCCGUUCCCAACGGAGAUGUGGCAGGAGAGACGGAGGGCACUGCAGAGGGAACAGAGAAGGCUGAAGAAAGUGGAGAAAAUGAGGCACAGAAAGAGGGCAAUGAAGACACUGGCAAGCUCGCCGCGUCCCAGGAGGAGAAU